AUGAAAGAAGAACUUGAAGAUGAAAUCAGUGCCAUUGAUGCCAUUUAUCCCGGUAGUACUGAAGAACUAGCACCACAGAUAUUCAAAUUCCAGGUACCUAAUAACGAAGAUAUUGAACUCCAAUUGAGUUUCCCUGAAAUAUAUCCUGAUGAGAAACCUAGUAUAAUACAAGUGAUAAGUAACAGACAUAGUGAUGUGAAUUAUUUGCAACAAAGGUUUGAUUCGAAAUUGGAGGAAGUUUACAGAAAGGGAGAGGUGUGCAUGUUUGAGUUUCUACUGGAAUUGGAGAUGAUGAUGGAGGAAAGCUCAUUAGAGCAGUUGGAAAGUUUAAAGAUCGAGGAAGGAAGUGAUGAAGAUAAGAAGGAAGACGAGGAAGAGGAAGAAGAAAGUGAAGAAGAGGAACAAAUCGAAACUCAACCGGUGAUACGAAAACAAAAAUCAGAACAAAAGCAACAGAACCCGUUCGAUGGGUGGUCACAAUCAGAUCCUUUGGUAGAUAGAGGUUCAACAUUUAUAGGAUUCGCUAGGAAAGUCACUAGUCUUCAAGAAGCUCAAGAAUACCUUGAUCUUCUAGUAUCUGAUAGGAAAAUAUCUAAAGCUGCCCAUAACAUGAGUGCAUGGAGAAUCAAAGGUUCAGGAAACGUUCAAUAUCAGGAUUGUGAUGAUGAUGGAGAAGCAGCAGCUGGAGGAAGAUUACUUCACUUAUUAACGGUAUGUAAUAUUUAUUGA